AUCUUCUGCACAGAUCCCCCAAAGGCACAUGUGAUCCAUCACCCCAGACCUCAAGGUGACAUCACCCUGAGGUGCUGGGCCCUGGGCUUCUACCCUGCUGACAUCUCCCUGACCUGGCAGUUGGAUGGGGAGGACCUGACCCAGGACAUGGAGCUGGUGGAGACCAGGCCUGCAGGGGAUGGAAACUUCCAGAAAUGGGCAGCUGUGGUGGUGCCUCCUGGGAAGGAGCAGCAUUACACAUGCCAUGUGCAGCAUGAGGGUCUGCCUGAGCCCCUCACCCUUAGAUGGGAGCCUCCUCAGCCCACUGUCCCCAUCAUGGCAGUCAUUGUUGUUCUGGUUGUCCUUGGAGCUGUGGUCAUCAUUGGAGCUGUGGUGGCUGUUGGAUCUGUGUUCUGCCUGAGGACCGCUCUCCCUCCCUGGCUCUGGGAAUCCAGUAAUAUAUUUAGAAUUAACCAGCUGGACCCAGUUUAGAAGACCCGGAUCAUG